AUGGAAGAAUACAUCCCUCCCACAGCUAAAAUACCUUUCCGAAGUAAUAAGGAAUAUCAUGUGUUUCUGAGUUUCAGGGGGAAAGAUGUGAGAAAUACUCUGGUUGAUCAUCUCUAUGUAGCUCUCACCAAUGCCGGACUCAAUGUGUUUUUAGACAGCCAGAAACUGAAAAAGGGAGAAAUAAUUGGAUUGAGCUUGGAAAAAGCAAUCGAGAGCAGUGCCAUACGCAUUCCCAUAUUUACUAGAGGCUAUGCUGGGUCCGCAUGGUGUCUCAGGGAGGCCGCAACAAUGGUGAACACUCAGGGUUUAAUCAUUCCUCUCUUUUAUGACGUGGAUCCAACUCACGUGAGAUAUCCUCGAGGGAUCUCCAGUCCGUACAAGCAAGCAUUUGAAAAACAUUAUAGCCAUUGCGAUCAUAUACAAAGACAAGAGAUUGAGUGGUGGAAGUAUGCUCUUCAACAUAUCUGUCCAUGUCUACAACUUUAUGGGCAUUCAGUUCGAUACCAAAGAAAAGAGAUCGACGGAUGGAAGGAUGCCCUGAAAGAGAUCUGUUCGCGCUCAGGGUGGUCCAUGAAUACAACUGGAGGGUAA